GUUUGCAAGCAUUUUUCUACAGUUUAACACAUUUAUAGCAUUGCAGUGAUAAAAUUAUUUUAUUUAUGAAAAUUAAGUGAAUAUAUUAGAACACACCAUGGAGGAGUUAAGGCGCCUUGAAUAUUUAUCACUGGUGUCAAAAAUUUGCACCGAAUUGGAAAACCACUUGGGUCUAAACGACAAAGAUCUGGCGGAGUUCAUAAUAGAUUUGGAGGAUAAAAAUCCGACAUUUGACGCUUUUCGCAAAGCAUUACAUGACAAUGGUGCAGAAUUUCCGGAUUCAUUUGUUACUAAUCUACAGCGCAUAAUUAAUUUGAUGAAGCCGGGACGUACCGAUGAAGGAACGGAUGAUGUUGGUGGGGUGAGAACUGCCAAAAAGGAUCAGUUGACGCGAUUGUUUCCAGGUUUAGCUUUACCUAAUGAUAAAUUUAGCAAAACUUAUAGCAGUGGAGGAGAAAGCGCCAGCGAAAGUACAUCCAGUGAUUCUGAUUCCGAAGCGGAGAAGCAGAAUGAAAGGAAAACGGAGAGUGAAUCAAAUAAGCGCACUGAAAUGGACGAUGUAAUGGCUGAACUAGAAGCACUUGCACCGAGUAAGCGCGAAAAGUCAGAUAGUGUGGAUGACACAAUGGCACUGUUAGAAGCACUAGCACCGAGUCGGCAAAAGGAAGAUGACAAAUCGAAAGACGAUGAUAUCGAUGACGUGAUGGCAGAAUUGGAGGCUUUAGCUCCAAGUAAACAGAUAAAAAGAGAACAAAAAGCAACCAAGAACGAACACGAUAAUGACAUGAUUAAAUUAGAAGCACAUGCGUCAAGCACACAUAGGAAAUAUGAUGAUGUAAAAAUCAAGUCGGAGAAGAAGAAAAAGCUUGCCCGACACUCUCGUUCACGCUCAAAGGAGCGCGACAGCCACCAUGAACGCAGCAGCAGGCGUGAAAGAAGCCGCGAUCGACGUUCACAUUCAGCUUCACCAACAGAGAGGCGACGCAAUGACAGACGAAGACGCUCACGUAGCAAAUCGCGACAUCGAGACAGAGGACACGAACGCGAUAGAGAACGUGCCCGUGACCGUGAUCGUGAACGCGAUCGCGGUGGACGUAGACGCCGUUCGCGAUCCCGGUCACGAUCCCAUGGUCAUAGCACCAGCAGUAGCAGCAGACGUCGAUCGCGUUCACAUUCGCGUGAUCGUCAUGGUCGUUCCCGUUCUCGUGAACGCGGCGAUCGUAAUAGCCGAAGAAGAUCGCGCUCGCGGGAUCAUAACGAACGUAGCGGACGGAAGCGCUCCCGUUCACAUUCUGCAGAGCGACAUAGUCGUAAUGAGAAGAUGCCACCACCAGCGCCGCUACCCGAUGACCCCGAGCCAGGGAAAAUUUAUACAGGUAAAGUGGCGAAUAUUGUACCAUUCGGUUGUUUUGUGCAGCUCUUUGGGCUGCGUAAGCGUUGGGAAGGACUGGUGCAUAUUUCACAGUUGCGUUCCGAAGGACGUGUCACCGAUGUAACGGAGGUGGUACAAAGAAAUGUGAAUGUAAAAGUUAAAGUGAUGUCUAUCGCAGGACAGAAGGUGUCACUUUCUAUGAAAGAAGUUGAUCAAGCGUCGGGACGUGAUUUGAAUCCGCUAUCGCAUGUGGCACCAGAUGAUGAUCUGAGAGAUCGUAAUCCGGAUCGGCCGUACAGUGGUACUUCGCUGCUUAAUUUGCAAGGUGGUAGCAUGGAUAACGAUGAAAGUGACUCGCGGAAGCGCGUCACGCGCAUAUCCAGCCCCGAACGUUGGGAAAUUAAACAAAUGAUUAGCUCCGGAGUAAUCGACCGCAGCGAAAUGCCAGAUUUUGAUGAGGAGACGGGUCUAAUACAGAAAGAAGAAGAUGAUGAAGCCGAUAUUGAAAUUGAAAUUGUGGAAGAAGAGCCGCCGUUCCUUUCGGGGCACGGGCGGGCGCUGCACGACCUCUCUCCCGUGCGAAUUGUUAAAAAUCCCGACGGUUCGCUGGCACAAGCCGCCAUGAUGCAAUCGGCUUUAUCAAAAGAGAGACGAGAACAAAAAAUGUUACAGCGCGAACAAGAUGCCGUUGCUCCAACAAAUAUGAGCCGCAACUGGAUCGAUCCACUUCCCGACGAAGAUGAGUCCCGUGCUAUGACAAAUACCCGCGGCAUAGGAUCUGGCGCAACCAUUGAAGUGCCUGAGUGGAAAAAGCACGUUAUAGGCGGAAAGAAGUCGUCAUUUGGUAAAAAGACGGACAUGUCGCUUUUAGAGCAACGUCAAUCCUUGCCCAUUUACAAACUGCGCGAUGACCUCAUCAAAGCUGUAUCUGACAAUCAAAUAUUGAUUGUCAUUGGUGAGACGGGCUCCGGCAAGACGACACAAAUUACUCAAUAUUUAGCCGAAAGUGGAUUCACUGCGCGUGGCAAGAUUGGUUGCACACAGCCACGUCGUGUAGCCGCCAUGUCAGUGGCUAAGCGUGUGGCAGAAGAGUUCGGCUGUCGGCUGGGGCAAGAAGUAGGGUACACUAUACGUUUCGAGGAUUGCACCAGUCCGGAAACGGUUAUCAAAUACAUGACAGAUGGUAUGUUGCUACGCGAGUGUUUAAUGGAGUCGGACUUAAAGUCUUAUUCCGUAAUUAUGUUGGAUGAGGCGCAUGAACGUACAAUACACACAGACGUGCUCUUUGGUCUCUUAAAGGGUGCCGUACAAAAGCGGCCUGAACUGAAACUGAUUGUAACUUCAGCCACACUGGAUGCAGUAAAAUUCUCACAAUAUUUCUUUGAAGCGCCAAUUUUCACCAUACCUGGUCGAACCUUUCCCGUCGAAGUGUUGUAUACCAAAGAACCAGAGACAGACUACUUAGAUGCUUCACUAAUUACCGUUAUGCAAAUACAUUUGCGUGAGCCUCCUGGCGACAUAUUGCUCUUCCUUACGGGUCAGGAAGAGAUUGACACUGCUUGCGAAAUUCUUUACGAGCGCAUGAAAAGUUUGGGUCCCGAUGUUCCCGAACUGAUUAUACUGCCUGUGUACUCGGCAUUGCCCUCUGAAAUGCAGACGCGUAUCUUCGAUCCAGCGCCAGCGGGUAGCCGAAAAGUCGUUAUCGCCACCAAUAUUGCUGAGACCUCGCUUACAAUCGAUGGUAUUUUCUACGUCGUUGAUCCGGGAUUUGUCAAACAGAAGGUUUAUAAUUCCAAAACGGGCAUGGAUUCGCUGGUGGUCACACCAAUAUCCCAAGCUGCAGCUAAGCAGCGCGCCGGUCGAGCUGGACGUACAGGACCCGGCAAAUGUUAUCGCUUAUAUACAGAGCGUGCGUAUCGAGACGAGAUGUUGCCUACACCAGUACCAGAAAUACAGCGUACAAAUUUGGCGAUGACAGUAUUGCAGCUGAAGACUAUGGGUAUUAACGAUUUGCUGCAUUUCGAUUUCAUGGACGCGCCACCUGUAGAAUCUUUAGUAAUGGCUUUGGAAAAUUUGCAUUCAUUAUCAGCGUUGGACGAUGAGGGCUUACUUACACGUUUGGGACGGCGCAUGGCCGAAUUUCCACUGGAACCAAAUCUCUCGAAAAUGCUCAUUAUGUCCGUGGCAUUGCAAUGUUCUGAUGAAGUGCUAACUAUAGUAUCCAUGCUGAGCGUACAAAACGUUUUCUAUCGACCGAAAGACAAGCAAGCCUUGGCAGACCAAAAGAAAGCUAAAUUCAAUCAGCCCGAAGGCGAUCAUCUAACACUACUAGCCGUAUACAACAGCUGGAAGAACAACAAAUUUUCGAAUGCCUGGUGUUACGAAAACUUCGUCCAAAUACGCACACUGAAACGUUCGCAGGAUGUACGCAAACAGUUGUUGGGCAUUAUGGAUCGGCACAAAUUGGACGUUGUUUCGGCUGGUAAAAACUCUGUGCGUAUACAAAAAGCGAUUUGUUCAGGUUUCUUUCGCAAUGCCGCUAAAAAGGACCCACAAGAAGGUUAUCGCACACUCGUUGAUUCGCAAGUGGUGUACAUACAUCCCUCCAGUGCACUCUUCAAUCGUCAGCCCGAGUGGGUGGUUUAUCAUGAGCUGGUACAAACUACCAAGGAAUAUAUGCGUGAAGUAACCACUAUAGAUCCGAAAUGGUUGGUCGAAUUUGCACCAUCAUUUUUCCGUUUCUCUGAUCCAACGAAAUUGAGCAAAUUCAAGAAGAAUCAACGACUCGAACCGCUCUACAAUAAAUAUGAGGAGCCUAAUGCUUGGCGUAUAUCACGCGUACGACGAAGACGGAAUUAAGCUGCAUGUAGAAUAUUUAGCAUUUAAUGUGAAUUCAUGUUUGUAA